GCUCAUUUCGUCCUCAUUCUGUCCGCGAGGAAUCCGCGCGGACCGCAAGAUGUCGAGCCGCCGCGCAACGUAGCAAGGGAACAUGAACCGCGCGUUAGUUGGACAUCGCGUGCAUCCGGUGACGUAUUUGGACUCGUCGUCGUGACGUAUGUGGUCGUCACAAAUCCCGAGAUGGUUAAUUCUGAAAAUAUGGCGCGAAUGUACUUCUCGCGGCGCGCGAGAGAAACGAGAAGUGGCUUUUGCCGGGUCUCGAGAGAACGGACAAAGGGACAAGCAGUGCUCGUCGAGGCAGGCCGUCUUCGAAGUACACGCGACUACCCUACUCAGCAAGGGACGUCCCUGGACAUCCCACGACAUCAAGGGCGACGUCAUCGUCCGCACGUCAUCAGCAGCACCAGCAGCAGCAGCAGUAGCAGCAGCGACUCUCCAGGAUACUCCGGUACCUAGAACGCGGUUGUCAAGGCUCCUCCAGCUUGGGGAAACCCGAAAUAUUGCUGGAGGGUGUAACGAGUAACCAG